AUGUCGUCCAACACGAUCGCCGUCACCCUCCUCCAACUCGCAAAAAUGAUCGACCACUCCCUCCUGCACCCAACGAUGACCGAUGAAGACAUUGUUGCUGGUCUGCGCAUCGCCCGUGCGAAUAAUGUUGCAACCGCCUGCGUGAAACCAUACCUCAUCCCGCUGGCCAAGAAAGAGCUCGCCGGUAGCGACGUCCUCGUUUGUCCGGUGAUCGGGUUCCCUCACGGCAAUAGUACAACGGAGAUCAAAGUGAUUGAGGCGACAGCAGCAGCUAAGGCAGGUGGUGACGAGAUCGACAUGGUCGUCAAUGUGGGCAAAGUCCUGGGCGGCGAUUGGGAUUAUGUGAAGGAAGAGAUCCGUCAGAUCAACGAAGCGGUUGUCGCUCAUGGUGCCAUUCUCAAGGUUAUCUUUGAGAAUGAUUAUCUCCAGUCUGAACACAUUGCGACGCUGUGUGAGAUCUGCACGGAAUUGAAAGUCGCCUUCGUUAAGACCUCCACUGGGUAUGGCUUUGUCAAGCAGAAGGAUGGGUCAUACAACUAUCGCGGAGCGACGGUCAAGGACCUCAAGCUCAUGAGGGAGAAGUCGGGGAAGGACGUCCAGAUCAAGGCAGCCGGGGGUGUGAGAACAUUGGAUGAUUUGCUGCAUGUCAUGAGCUUGGGUGUAACUCGAAUUGGUGCCACGGCGACCGUGGCAAUUUUGGAGGAAGCCAAAAAGCGUGGAAUUGGCAACGAACCGGUGGGAGUUUCCUUCAAGCCAAUGGCUGAGGAUAGCACGGGCGGGUACUGA